AUGGGCAAGCUCUCCAGAAGUGGCUACAUGGAACACGAAACCAUCUACCUUCCAGCCGCCCUCGUGCCUACCGCCGAACGGCCUCGUAUCCCGCGAAAUAUCCUGGACAGUCUGAUUAAAUCUCGUCGACAAAUGAAGGUUUUUUGGGAAACUAUCCAUAGAGAUCUCAGUGAUGGUAUCUGCAAUAGGGGUGCUUCGAACGCUUUCAUUCCCUACCUGCGCCUCCAGAAAGUGUGGACUGGGAGGCGCCUGAACGAUUUUGUGGACGCCUUGCGCCUCGGAUUGGACGAUGGUCAAAUCGAAACCGUCAGAGAGACCCUAUUGCGGAUAAUAUCCAUUCUUAUUUAUAUCCACUGGGACAAAUGGCGGAAGUUUCGGGAGAUCUUUUUCGACAACCCCCGCGCUCUCUACCGUCGAGACGAAAAUAUUGCUAAGUUUACCUUGGAUGAGCUCGAGCAUGAGUCAUUCCUUGGUCCCUACUGGGCGGAGACCUUCUUGAUUUACCGAUGGAUCUUCUAUCCAGUGGAAUUGACGGAAGGUCAGGUGCAGUCAUGUACCAAGGAGAAGAGGCUGAUAUGGUGUGGUAACGAGGGAGGUGAUUGCAGCUGGGCACAUGAUGUUGCUGUCGCACGGAAACGGUUCGUCCGUGGAGGCUACCAACGUGAGAUCAACAAACUCGCCCUCAUUCGCGAAAGCCGGUCUACCCACGAGCGAAUUGUUCAAGAGCUUGCGACAGUCGUUGUUGGACAUGAGGUCAAUAUUCUCCUACCCUUGGCUCAAAUGGAUCUGGAAGUCUUCCUCGCGGGAGGUUAUAAAGAUAUGGACGCAAGGUGCGGCUUGGACGACCUGAUUUGCGAAGCCAAGGAAUUGGCUGGCGCUCUUGUCUUCCUUCACAAUGGUCUUCAGACCAACAGACCUCGGCAACAAGCUGUCUGCCACUUGGAUUUGAAACCCAAAAAUAUUCUGGUCUUCAAAGACCCCCACUCGCCUGGAACUGGAGUUUGGAAAAUCUCUGAUUUCGGCAUUGCGCGAAGUGCACAGCCCGUAUCAGGCGCCAUGACAGGCAUCGAAGGUGUGACUGGUCUUCGGUUCAUGGUGUCUCCACCAAAUGAAGUCCAUAGAGGGCCAUACCAAGGCCCCGAGUCCACCAGUACCAUCGGUUUAAAAAGCGAUAUUUGGUCCCUCGGAUGCAUCCUCUGUCGUGUUUUUGCUUUCGGAUUUGGCCCCGACGUUCUUCAAACCCUGGAUGAUUUAAGAGGCAGAUCGAAAGAUGGUGGUUGCUUCAAUGACGACUGGUUCUACCGAGGGGAUCCCCCAAUUCUGAACCCACACGUGGAAGAGUGGAUCGGAUCUCUGCCCGAUAAAUACUCGAAUUGCUACCGCCGAGAUUUCCUCGUGGCAAUCGGAGAUUUGCUGUUUUCAAUGCUCGAGAUUGAUAUUAACAAACGCCCUUCAGCGACUCGAGUGCAAGACAAGCUCAGCAAACUUCAAGACCUGGCAUCCAGUCUAGGCUCUCACUAUGCAGUUCCGCACCCACCACUAACACCACCAAGCAGUGAAAGCGUGUCUGAACUGACUACCAGGUCUUCGUCUUCGCCUCCCAUAGUUCUUGACAUAGGCUUUCUUGUCACUUUCAUCGAAUCCGGUGAUAUUAAACGAGUUGAGACCUGUCUUCAAGGCGAUGUCGAUGUGGAAGCAACUCAUAACGGCGAACGGCCUUUGAUCCAUGCUAUUAACCAGCAAAAUCCUUCGAUCAUACAGCUUCUUCGGAAUUACAGACGUAAUCUCGAUGUGGAAUCGCCGAGCUCGAAUCAGCAGACCCCACUGAUGCUAGCCAUCCACCAAGGUAAUGCAGACGUGGUCAGUGCCUUACUCGAGGCUAAGCCGUCCCUCGACAAGCUUUCAGCGGAAGGUCUAACUCCAUUGAUGGAGGCUGCAUUGCUCGGAUACCCCGACAUCGUCACCGCUUUACUGAAAGCCAAAGCACCCUAUAACAAACUAUCGAAGAGGGACGGCUUCAACUGCCUACAUUACGCCGUCCACAAUGACACGUGUGGAGGUGAAUUAAUUCUAGCUUUUAAAGGCUAUGCCGACUUCAAUGUUCAGUCACCAAGCAAUGAAACCCCGCUCAUGAUGCAUGCGAGGUACUUUGGCCGAUUCUUCCGGAAUGAAGGCCGUUGGCGGAGCAAGCUCGCUGCUUUAGUCGAUUGCGGAGCAGAAAUAAAUCAAGAGAUCUGUUGCGGAAUAUCACGAACAGUCUUGGAGCAGGCAGUGCGUGGAGAGAAUGUCCUGCUGGCACAGGAGCUUGUCGACCAAGGCGCGAUUUUGCCCACAGCCUUCUCAACCAAGGGCCUUAGCCGGCAGAUGAAAAGUGUUGUCAGAGAGGCGCAGACACAGGGUUUUCGGGCGAGGUAA